ACGCCUGCUCUCUUCUUUUCUUCCUCAUGGCAAUUCCUGUAUUUGUCGGUGUAGGAACUAUCACAGUUGCUCUUCAGUCAGCAGACCAGUGGGUAAAGGGUGGCUAUAUUGCAAUCCUUGGGUUAAAAGAAGGCGUAAAACUACGCAACAAGUUAAAAGAUGCCCACCAUCAUAUCGUGCUCGCAAACAAAAUCAACGAGGCUAAAGACUUGUUAGACGAGACAGAUGGAAACUCGAGAUAACAUUCAACUCUUAUACGUUGGUUACUCGUCUUACUGUCUACACUGUAUUUCAUCGCAUUGAUAUAUCCAUCAUGACACAUAUCACCACUCGCUCCGUUGGUCGAGGCUCGCUAUA